CUCUGGGUCAGCAUGGCUGCUGGCUGCAUCUUGCUCCUCCGGGGCUUCUUCCUUACCCUCGCCCUGCACCAGGUGGAGCUUUCAGUGUUUCUUCCAGCCUCGAAGGCAAACCGUGUUCUGCCGAGAUGGAGACGGGCCAGUUCUUACCUCCUGGAAGAACUCUUCCAGGGAAACUUGGAAAAGGAAUGCUACGAGGAAAUCUGCAAUUACGAAGAGGCAAGAGAAGUGUUUGAAAAUGAUGCCGGCACGGAUGAGUUCUGGAGACAGUACAGGGAUGGCUCUCCGUGCGUCUCCCAGCCCUGCCUCAACAACGGGACGUGUGAGGACCACAUCCGCAGCUACAGCUGCACGUGCUCCCCUGGCUACGAGGGCAAGACCUGUGCAAUGGCUAAAAAUGAAUGUCACCCAGAGAGGACGGAUGGAUGCCAGCAUUUCUGCCACCCAGGGCAGUCAUCCUAUGUGUGCAGUUGUGCAAAGGGCUACAAACUGGGCAAGGACCACAGAUCGUGCAGUCCAAGUGACAAAUGUGCAUGCGGGGUCCUGACUUCCGAGCACAUCAGGAUGACAAAAACCUUCCAGAGUCCACCGAGCUUCCCCUGGCAGGUCAGAUUAACAAAUUCCAGAGGAGAAGACUUCUGUGCUGGUGUGUUACUACAGGAAGACUUUGUGCUGACAACAGCAAAGUGUUCGUUACUGCACAGCAACAUCAGUGUAAAAGCAAGUGCUGGCGAGAGGACCGGGAUCAAGAGCACUCACGUGCACAUGCGCUAUGAUGAGGAGUCCGGGGAGAACGACGUCGCACUGCUGGAGCUGGAGGAGCCCUUGCAGUGUCCCAGCUCAGGGCUCCCUGUCUGUGUCCCAGAGAAGGACUUUGCGGAGAACGUCCUCAUCCCUGGAACGAAGGGUCUCCUCAGCGGCUGGAUACUUAACGGCACGGACCUGGCUACCUCGCCAAUGAUGCUUCCAGUCACACGAGCGGAUGGGGAGGAAUGUGGACAGACCCUGAAUGUGACCGUCACCACAAGGACGAGCUGCGAGAAGGGCAGUGCGCUGAUGGGGCCUUGGCUGGAAGGAAGUGUGGUGACCCGUGAGCACAAGGGCACCUGGUUCCUCACAGGGAUCCUAGGCUCGCCGCCACCACCAGGGCAAUCGUGCAUGUUCCUCCUCACCGCAGUCCAGAGAUACUCCAUGUGGUUUAAACAGAUCAUGAAGUAGCAGAAAUCCAACAUGGCUGACAGGCAGUCAAAAUCCUGUCGCGGUUAGCACUGGAAGAUGACCUCUUGUUCCUUAGAAUGUUACAUUUCUCUUUACUCUUGAGAAUUUCAUACACGUCCCAUUUCCC